AAUCCCUUAGUUCACACAAGAAACAAAAGCCCUAAGUUAGCCGCAAGCCUCCAGAGUAUCCAAUACACAAUAAUGUCUAGAAACGUUGAUUGGUCUAAGCUCUGCCCUGAUCUGUUACGAUCAAUCUUCGAAAGCUUACACUCUCUGGAUUUUCAUCGAGCCAAAACCGUUUGCUCAAACUGGUACACCGUUUCAAGAACAUGUCCUUUAUAUCCAUGGCGAAUCGUAUUACAAGGUCAGAACUCUCUCUUGUAUGAUCCCGUUCAAGAUAAAGUCUACCACAAAAAACUUCUUGGAAUCGACUUGUCCAAAGUCCAUUGUCUCGCUAGUUACAGCAACUGGCUUCUAAUAGUAGAUCCUUGUCUACAUUUCCAUCUCUUGAACGUGUUUACUCGCGAAACGAUCAAUCUUCCUUCAUUAGAGUCAUCACUUGGUGACACUCCUUAUAGAUUCGUACGAAACGACCUGUUUGAAUGCUUCCUUGAGCUCUACGGCACCAAGUUUCUUGUGACUUGGGAUGAUUUUAAAUUCUCAAAGACGGCUGUCUUGUGGAUAAACGAGAGAAAUGGAGAUUUCGUCGUCGCUUGGACCAUCAAACAGUUCUAUAUCUUCUCAUACAAGAAAAUAGCAAAUGAUGGUGAUGGUGAUGAGAGGUGGAGUAUUACAUGCACACAGUGUGAAGACAUGGCUUAUAAAGACAACAAGCUUUAUGUCUAUACCUAUGAUCAUUACAUCAACGUUCUUGAUUUCUCUGGAGAUUGUCCUAAAGAAACUCUUGAAGGAAACCAUUAUCUUAAUCAUCCUUUUCCCUUCGUUGAUACGAUAUAUAAGAUGAGGAUUGCGAUCACUAAUUCAGGAGAGGUUCUGAUCGUUCUGAGCUUGAAAGAGUUGAACAGAAAGUUUUGCAUUUGUAAGCUGAAUCUUGAAGUUGGAGAAUGGGAAAGAGUAGAGUCUUUGGGUGACGAGAUGUUGAUUUUUGGUCAAGGUGUUACAAUAAGAGGACCGGUUAAAGAUAGAGGAAUCAAGAGUGAUUCAAUAUGUUUUCUUGAUGAUGAUCAUUUGCCUGAUAAUUAUCUUGGAACGAGGAAAGAAGCAAGUUGUGGUGUGUUUGAUCUUGCCAGAAGUACAAUCACAUGGCACACAAGAUUAGAUGAUUGGUCUUCGAAGAUUUACUGGUUUGUCCCAGGACAAGCUUAGUCUUUAAUUACAGUUUUAUGUGAAACUCUUCUUAGAUUUAUAAGUGGUCGUUUGAUAAACAAACACAUAACUCUCUUUUCUUUCGUAUCAUCAAUCUUUGAUUUUAGGGUUUAUGGAAAAUUUGGACAUUUGUAGCAAUUGGCUCUUAAUUUACUGUUGAUUCUGGUUUAGAUUUUGUAUCUUUUGAAUUUGUUAACCUCUUCCAAUGUAUCGGCUUGUCUUUGUAU